AUGAAAAAUUUAAAAUUACUUAUCGCUCUCCUUUUAAUCUCAGCCUUAGUAAUAGCUGAGGAAGUUACAACUGAGCAACCAAAUUCUGAAACAAAAUAAACUGCAGAUGAAUCUGUCGAAUAAGUAGAUGCUGAACCUCAAACUCAAUAAGAGAGUCAAGAAGAAUUCAAGAAGAGAAUAAAUGAUCUUUAUAUUGCGUGUAUUAUUGCUACCAGAUACUAAUUGAAUACAAAGGAUGCAGACUUAGAAAUAAUUUUAUAGGAUGUUUAAGAGUACGAUGAAAAGCUUAAUGUUUACAGAAAAAUUUUUGCAUAGCAUGUUUACCAAUGUGGUCUCAGUGCUACAAAGGUUCCCUCUAUUCCUGAUGAGAUCCAUAAGCAACUUAAUGAAAAGACUUUUAAAAUUGAAGAUUGGGAUCUUCUUUUCAUUGAUAUUAAGUUUGAUAAAUACAAGGAAGGUAACUUUAACUCUACUUUAAAUGCACAAGAAUAAAUGAUUAUGGAUUUCGUAGAUAAAGUAGAUGGUUCUUUGAAAAAAGAUAACAAUAAGCCAAAAAUAGGUUCAUUCUCAUUGAAUAAUUUACCUGCAUCUGUUUAAUUGCUUUAUGUAGUUGUUAUAAUUGCAAUAUUUAGCGGUCUCAUAUACUUUGGUUAUAAAUUCAGCAAGCAAGAAACAACCAUUAAGGUCAAAAAACAAAAGAAAGAAAAGAAAUCUUAAUGA